CAUGUGCGUGCAUAAAGAUGGCGCCCCGUCCUCUGCGCCUGCGCAGUGCGCUUUCCCGGAAGAGCUUGUCGGUGGGCUCCUUGAGUGAAGUCCUUACGGUGGUGCGUCGGUGCGUGACUAUCAGACCACCGCAUAGGAUGUCUGCAGGGCCGAAGAAAGCUUAUGCCACAGCUUUGAUUAAAGAUGACUUCAUUUUUCGCUCAAGAAGUUCGCCUUUCUAAAAGACAUGAGGAAAUAGUAUCACAAAGAUUAAUAUUACUUCAACAAAUGCAGAAUAAAUUUGGAAAUCAAAACACAGAAAAGGGAUCACAACUGCAAGCAGCUGAGACUGCUUUUAAAAGGAAUCUUAGUCUUUUAAAGGAUAUAGAAGCAGCAGAAAAAUCUCUGCAGACCAGGAUUCACCCAGAUCCACGGCCUGAAGUGGUUUCUCUUGAGAUUCAGAAGCUGUUAUGGUGUGGAUGUGAGGUGUCCCGGAGAAGCUUACGUGUGAGACAAUGAAAGGUUCAGAGGAGACAUGACUGGGUUGUGAGAGCCUUAACCCAACCAGAAUGAACACGUGAUACCAUUCUGGCCAAUGAGUUAGAAGAGCAAGACCACUGGCAGGAUUUCUGAGAAAGGCUCUCUUGGUCCAAGGAGAAAGACUUUGUUCAUCUAGAAAUUGCUGGAGCUGCUCCUGAGGUUGUAACUUCAAUAGCUUUUUUUUUUUUUUUUUUUAAACCAACCUAAAGGCAAACUUGGCGGAGAAGGUGGCCAAUCUGAAAGAAUCUCACCUCUGCCUCCGGGUUUCUUGUAAUAUGAGGUGCUCAGUGUCCUUACAUGCAUGCUACUUGUAACUAAGAGUUCUAAAGGACACAUAGGCUUUAUAGUUUCAGGCACAACUUCAAAUCCAUUAUUUGUGAGCUUCAACUCAGAAUGGAUCUAUGCAAAAUGAUUAAAUAUCAAUUUUUUUUUUUAAAGAAUGGAUCGAUGCAACUCUAAAACAGCUGGUCAUCUCAGUUCAAAAACAAAAAGAUAAAUGUAUGAGUCCAUGUGAUGUCAAGGGAAGCGUCUAAAGGCACAAGUCUCUGGAAAGUUUUGAAGUAUAUUAACAGAGUUGAACACAGAGGGGGGGAAAAAAUAGACAAAGGAGUGAUAGGUAGGUUAACCCUAUUAGAACAAACGGGAAGGACCUCACACACCUCCACUUCCCACAUCAUUAUUUCUAAUUCAUUUAGAGGCAGGCCUGUUAACUUGUCAGCUGCUACCAAGAAAGAUCUCAGCAUUCUGGCUUAAUGAGGAGACAAGCUGUACUCUCAAAAGGCUGUCCAAAUGGCUAAAGUUCUGAACACAUCCAUGAGAUGGUGUGACCCAUGUAUUUCCCCACAUGGUUCUGCACAGUGGAGAUGAGCCAGCCAUUUCUGCAGUUAAGUAUCAGCAGAGGAAGAGAUGCUGAUCCCAUCUCCUGCUCGGAGAGACAGAGAGUCUAAAGAGAAGAUAGAGAUUUGGCAACAGUUCUUUUUAUGGUUAAGGGGAGAGUAAGCCACCUUCCUUUUACCACUGGGCAACACCAAGCAGAACUAUCCCUUGCCGUCUUCACCGCGAGUGUCUAAAUCAAUUCUUUUCCAUUUCUAAUGUUUGGAAAGGCCUGCCUGGUGGAAGGAGAGGUGGGUAGGACGUGGUUUCCGUUUUUCAGAGGGGUAAUGUGAAGAUAAUGUGUUUUGACUCUAAAAACAUCUUGAGCUCCUUGAAAGAAAGGAACUAUGUGAUUUUAAAAUGAGAAUAAUGAUAUAUUUUAUGUAAAAGAGUGAUAUGCUUGGCUUAUGAUAUUUAAAGCAAAAUGAUCACAGCAUAUGUUUGUUUUCUGUGAUCUGGGAAGUAAUCUUCGAUUUCAGAACAGUGCCUGGCCCUGCUGAUACAGGUUGAAGGACUAUUUGUUAAGCCGUGGCUAGGAAAAAUUUUUAAAAAGUUUAAAAGGAUGAUGACAUAUUAUUGUUUCACCGGAACGACAGGGGAAAAGGCUUAUUAUUAUUUCAUCUGAAUGGGGGAAAAGGCUUUUUUAACUUCUAAAACUUCUAAAUAAGCCUAAAGUCUUGUUGCAUGCUAUAACAUUAGAAUAAAUUAUUUCUAUUAUUA